AUGGAGUCCAAGGCAAUCAUAGCACCUCUCUUCAUCCUAAUGAUCUUCGCCGCCUCUCUCACGGAACCCGCCACGGCCACUGGUGGUUUCGCCGUCGACCUCAUCCGCCGUGACUCUCCGCAAUCUCCCUUCUACAAACCCUCCGAAACUCCCUAUGCCCGCGUCCGCGCUGCCCUGCGCCGCUCCAUCAACCGCGCCAACCGCUUCGCCGCAGCGGUCUCGAAGCCGCUGGCCACCUCCGACGGCGGCAGACUCUCCCAGGUCACCCCCAACAACGGUGAGUACCUCCUCAACAUAUCCAUCGGCACGCCGCCGACCCAAAUCCUCGCAAUUGCCGACACCGGUAGCGACCUCAUCUGGACGCAGUGCGCCCCUUGCACAAACUGCUACAAGCAAAACGCGCCGCUCUUCUCCCCCAAAAAAUCCUCCACGUACAAAACCAUCUCAUGCACCGCCACCGCCUGCACGAACUACGACUCCCACCAGUGCGGCACCAACAACGGCUGCGAGUACUCCGCCCAGUACGGCGACCAGUCCUACACCAUCGCCGUCCUCUCCACCGACACCGUCAACGUGGACACCGCCGGCGGGAAACCGGUUUCGCUGCCCAAUACCAUAUUCGGGUGCGGGUACAACAACAACGGUACUUUCGACGAGAACGAGUCGGGCAUCGUCGGCCUCGGCGGCGGCUCUUACUCUGCCAUCGCCCAGAUGAACUCCAUUAUCGGCGGCAAGUUCUCGUACUGCCUCCUGCCCAUCGGCUCCGGAGGGUUCAGCAAAAUGAACUUCGGCGACGACGGGGCGGUCUCCGGCAGCGGACCGAUUUCCACCGCCAUUGUUUCGAAAGCGCCGGACACUCACUACUACGUGACUUUGGAAUCCAUCAGCGUGGGAAGCGAAAAGGUAGACUUCGUUUCGAAUGCGGCGGCGGUGGCGGCGGAGGAGGAGGGGAACAUAAUCAUAGACUCCGGUACGACUUUGACGUUUUUGCCGGAGGAGAUGUACGACAAUUUUGAGAAGGCGGUGAAGGCGUCGAUUGAUUUGGAUCCGCUGGAGGGUACGGAAGGGCUGCUGUGCUACAAGAGCGAGAAGCACAUUGAUGUGCCGGUGAUAACGGCGCACUUCGCCGGCGCUGACGUGGAGUUGAAUAGCGUGAACACGUUUGUGAGGACGGCGGAGGACACGGUGUGCUUGAGUUUUGUUUCGAGUUCGUCGCCGGCGAUAUUCGGGAACUUGGCGCAGGUGAAUUUGCUGGUGGGGUUUGAUUUGGAUGCCAGGACGGUGUCGUUCAAGCCCACCGACUGCUCCAAGUUGUGA